AUGUCUAUUACGACGAAUAAUAUAUCGGUUGAAGAUCUCGAUGAAUUCGAUCGACAAAAAAAACAAGAAGAAAUGAUUCGUCAAUAUUUACAAGUUACAAAUAUUGAUGCAAAUUCUUUACCUAUAAAACAUUCGGCAUCAGAGUCUGAUUCUUCAGCAGUAUUUACAACAACUCUAUUACCAUUAUCAUCACUUAAUCUUAAUGAACUUCGAAAAGAUUUAAAAUUGGCUGAAGAACGUGUUGAACGUUUACGCCAAGAAUUAAAAGAUAUACAAAGAAAACGUGAUGAAUCUUUUGUAACAUCAUCACCACCACCAUAUGUAGUACUAUCAAAAAAUAAGACUAAUACAGAUUUUGUAAAUCCUAAUCUUUCAACAUCUAUCAAUAGAGGAAUUAUAGAUAAAACAUCAUCACCACUUCUACAAGAAUACUUAUCGUCUCAAGAACAACAAAGCCCAAGGCAACUGAUUAAUGGGGCAAUUUCAUCGUCAUUACUAUUACCUAGUUAUAAUUCUGCUAAUCAUUUAUCAACAAAUCCAGGUGAGCAAUUUCUUUUAACCAUGCGUCAACAUCGUGAACAACUUCUUGUCUAUAUUGAUUCAUUAAAACAAGCACUUAGUUCACUUGAUCGAUUAGCUUCAUUCGAACCAACACGUAGUGAAAUUCAUCUUGCUAAUAUGAAACUUGAUACAAUUCAACAAAAAAGUCGACAACUUCGUGCUUUAAAAUCAAAUCGUUCAUCUCAACAAUCUCCAUUUAUUGAAUGUCGUAUACGUCAAUUAGAACAUGACAUAGUUUAUAUGUUAAGUGAACAUCAAAAAGAUGUACAAGCUAAACUUGAAUUAAAUGAACAACGAAGUCUUAUGUUACUUAAAAUAAUGCAAGUAACAGAUGAAUUAGCUGCUGUUGAUCAACAAAUACAACAAUUAUUAUCGAAUAUAACAUCAAAUACUGGCAUACAUCGAACUAAUCCAUCUCUAUCAUCUAAUGAAAUAAAUCAACAACAAUCAUUACGAGUAAUUAAUUCAAUAAAUAACCUUGAUGGAAGACGUGUUUCAUUUCGAGAACAAACUGACAAUAAUAAUCCCUUGACAAAAUUAACUAAUGGAUAUUAUCUUCAUCAUCAUUAA